UCUUUCUGUUGUAUAAGGGUAGGGCUUGCUUAACUCCAGCAUCACAAGCUUUUCGCCUUCAGCCGUUCUUUCUGCAAUGCACUCCUUUUUCCUUCAUCAUGAAAUACGCUCAUUACGCUACUGCUUUGGCGGUUAUAACAUGCCAGCACGGCACCGCCAUCAGCAUUCCACGCAUCACCCCCAGUUCCGUCACUAAAACAGGCACCGAUGGCCUUGGUCUCCCUAAUGAUGGGCUCAAGGCUAACUGCAUCUCCAUCGGCUUCCUUCCUUCUGAAGGCGACGCCUCCUCUCCGCGCUACACGAUGGCGCAAAUCAAUGACAAACUAGGCGCAAAGUCCUCCACCUACGGCUGGUAUGCGCAGAUCAAGUCCUCCUCCUUCGACGGCUCGCAGCUCCUCGCUAUGAAGGAUGACAUCGUUUCGUCAGGCGCUGUGUUCAUCUCACCGGAUGUAGCGAGUCAGGUCGCCAAGGUCAUGAAGGAGUUCACUGACGCUGGGGUCGAGGUCUGGCUACGUUUCGCUCAUGAAAUGAACUGGUAUGUCACAGACGGCACAUAUCAGGGCACAUCCCAGGACUUCAUCACUGCAUGGAAGAAUAUCUACGACGCGAACUGCAAGAACAAUGAGCACGUCAAGUGCUUCUGGAGUCCGAACCAAGCAGGCAGCAUGAGCGAUCUCGAACCAUACUGGCCCGGCCCCGAUUACGUCGAUCUCGUCGGCAUCGACUGCUAUCCCAAGUCUAGCGACGACACUUCCGGGAAUGCGCUGUUCGCGAAACUUUAUGGCGACUUUUACAACACGUACUCUGCGCCGUAUGGAAAGCCUUUUGCGAUUGGCGAGACGGGUGCGGGGACGGGGCAGAAGGAGGGAUGGCUGAAGCAGCUUGUGAGCCAGGAUAAGACGAAAUAUCCGAAUUAUGUAUCCAUGAGCUGGUUUGAGUUCGAUAAGGAGGCGGACUUUCGGAUUGUCAUGACGGACGACUCGACUCUGCAGCAGACAAAGGACAUGUUGUUAUCGGGUGGAAACGAAAGCUGUGGUGGAAGCGGCAAUGGGACGAUACCGAUUACCGGGACUCCCGAACCGAAUGCUACGACGGGAACGAAGCUGACUUCCACGAAGGCACCGGCAGCCGAGCCGACAUGCGAUUGGGGAUGCUGGGGCUGGGAUUGCUCUGCUACAGUUCCAUGCCAGGAGCCCUGGACCUGCAAGGGUGGCUACUGCAAAUAAGAAAUCGCCCUUCGCCCAAUACUUCGAGGAGGUCGCUGUGCGAUGGCUCUUAUGGUUGCCUUGCGCUCUUCGGCCAUCUUUCUGUUCUUCGAAUCUACUUUUUCGGUAUAUACCUAUUCACUUCUUUCGAG